GCAGAGUGAGCUGAUAGCGUGACUUCAGUCAGCCAUGGAGCUACCGAUGGAAACUGCUGCUGCCACCGUGCCUGAGGAGGUAGAAAACCAUCCUACUGCGGAUGGUCGGCCUGGGAAGUUCCGCGAAGAGGAGAGCGACAAACCCCUUCGGCAACGGCGGCCAUUGCUGCACAGCACCGGCGAGAACGAGGUAUAUGUUGCCCGACACCAGAGCCUAGCAGUGCUCUUCAAGAUGGUCAGGAAGCUCUUCGACCGCGGCAACCACUCGGAGGUGCUGAUCCACGGCAUGGGCGCCAGCAUCACCAAAGCGUUGCAUGUGACCCAGGACCUCUUACUGCACUAUGGGGAGCGCUUGUCCAUGGAGGCCCGCCAUGGCACUGUGGAGGUGGUAGAUGACCUGGUGACCGCUUACGACACCGAGGCCCAGGAGCGGCGAGUGUCAUCCCUGACGAUCCACCUUCGAAUGCGGGCGGAAGCAAGGGAAGCGCCGGAGUUGCUGAAGGCAAAGAACCUCAAGAUCCUCAAGGCCAUUCCGUGGUUCCUCCAGGCCAAGUUGGCGGAGGAGAGGAGUUGGAGCUCACGCAGCCUCAUCGGCGGGGCCAUGCACACCGGGGAUAUGGCGGAGGAACGACCUGGACAGGGGAAGAUGUCCUCCGCCCGGGACCGUUGGCAGGCAUUGCUGAGAUGGACAAAAUCCGCACCAUUUAUGAUGGCUUAA